AUGCAUGAGUGGCACCAACACUGGGUGCUCGAGUGGCACCAACACUGGACUCAUGACUGGCAUCAACAGUGGAUGCAUAGUGGCGCCAACACUGGACACGUGAUUGGCAUCAACACUGGAUGCAUGGGUGGCACCAACACUGGACACAUGAUUGGCAUCAACACUGGAUGCAUGAGUGGCAUCAAUUCUGGAUGCAUGAGUGGCACCAACACUGGACACAUGAUUGGCAUCAACACUGGAUGCAUGAGUGGCACCAACACUGGACACAUGAUUGGCAUCAACACUGGAUGCAUGAGUGGCAUCAAUUCUGGAUGCAUGAGUGGCACCAACACUGGACACAUGAUUGGCAUCAACACUGGAUGCAUGAGUGGCAUCAAUUCUGGAUGCAUGAGUGGCACCAACACUGGACACAUGAGUGGAACCAACACAGGACGCAUGAUUGGCAUCAACAAUGGAUGCAUGGGUGACACCAACACUGGACACAUGACUGGCAUCAACACUGGAUGCAUGAUAGCCACUAAAACUGGAUGUAUUAUUGUUACCAACACUGGACACAUGACUGACAUCAACACUGGACACACGAUAGGCACCAAAACUAGAUGCAUGUGUGGCACCAACACUGGGCAAAUGACUGGCAUCAACAAUGGAUGCAUGAUAGGCACCAACAUUCGACACAUGACUGGCAUCAACACUGGACACAGUAUAGGCACCAACACUGGAUGCAAGAGUGGCACCAACACUGGAUGCAAGAGUGGCACCAACACUGGAUGCAACAGUGGCACCAACACUGGAUGCAUGAGUGACACCAAUAGUGACUGUAUGAGUGACAUCAAAACUGUAUGCUUAAAAGGCACCAUGAUGUCUUUCCAGACGUAUCUGUUCGUGGGGUCCUGA